AUGUCUCCAAGGUCGUCUGCCAACAACAACAACAGCUCCUCUCGGUGUACUAAGACCAAACAGCGUAAGCAAGCACUCACAUCAACAACCUUAACAUCUACUACAAGUUCUACUCAAGCCAACAACAACAACACUACAGCUACAGCGGCUGCCCAGAGCCGUCUUUCUCGUCGUAGUAGCACUUCUACUACCGCGGGGAAGAAGUCGUUGCACUUACUAGGAGGCUCACAGUCCUCUGUUUCUGCCGCCUCGCCGAGGAAGCGUAUUCAGAAGGGUCUCGAGCAGGGUAAAAAGCCAGCUCUUCUUCCAGUCAGUGGAGGGAGUGUUUCGAAGAGGAAGAGAGCGUCCAAGAAGCGAAAGAGCGAACACAUUUCUGAGAGUAUAGAGAACAGACCAGUGAAGACUAUGAAGAGAGAAAGUGAAGCGAGUAGAGAUACAGCAGCGGAGGAGUCGUCUUUGCAUCUCCCGGAGACUCCUACUGAUAUGGGCGCAUCAGAAACGCCCGAUGCCAGACCUGGAAGAGGUUCUUCUCGUAUCGAUAUGGGUGCACUAGGGACCUUUUUGAGGGGCAUCGGGAGUAGCAGCGAUGAUGUCGAUAAGGAUGCUAGUGGGCGUGGGGAUGGUGCUGAAGGAGAAGGCGGUGAUGGUAUGUCUGCUAUGGGAGUGGCGUCAUCGUCGUCAUCGUCAUCUGCGUUCCCUGAGGGUUUGGCAUUCCUUAUGUCAGCGGCCUCCAGCGGUGGAGCCAUGCAAAGGAUCGUAGCAGAUCUGAAGUCCGACGACUCCUUGCGGGUUAUAGCCUCGUUGACGGAGCUCAACGACCUCCUUAAUAUGUCCGGAGAGGAGAUAUCGAUCGGCUUCCCUAUAGAGACGACGGUGCCUCUGUUGGUGAAGCAUGUUGAAAGGGAUGACCCUCAAGACGAGGGUGAUGACCCUGACACACGACGGCUCCUGGCAACUAGAUGUAUCUAUAGUUUACUUGAUAUUCUUCCCGCUGCGACGGCUAGGCUGUUGGCGAACUCUGGGACGGGUCUGGAGACGUUGUGUGACAAGUUGAGGAAUAUCACCAACAUUGAUCUGGCAGAGCAGUGCAUAAGGAUACUCUAUCGGCUGUCGAGUGAGCAGCCAACGGCUCUGUUUUGCGCUGGAGGAGUGGAGGCCUUGUUGCAGUGUAUGGAUUUCUUCACGACCUACUGUCAGGACCAGGCCCUCAGCGCUGUGAAGAACAUGGUGCGUAUGGCUCGGGUGACUCCUGAGAAGUGGGAGGAAUACCUUGUGGAGCCUCCAUGUUGCCUUAACCAGCUCGUAGCUGUCCUUGGCCAUGCUGAUUCGAGUAUGCAGGCUAGGGCGGCUGAGACCUGGAAAGGCAUGCUCAGCAACCUUACUAGGAUACUUGGUCGUUUUCGGAGCAGCUCUAGGGUUAUGUCUGCUGCUGACCAGAGCGGUGGGAGAUUAGAUGACUCUGCAAGGACCGAAGUCACAGUGUCUUCCAAGGCUCUUAGUCGGGGCGCUGAGAAGCUGAUGGGCGAGGGUGGAGACCGACUGAAGAAGAUAGUGGAGCGAGCGCAGGAGGAACUCGAUCACCCCAGCUCAGCACGUACGUCGAGUGGAGUGGUCACUGACCUGUUGGCCUGUAUAGCGUCGGUAGUGGCGUGCUCGGACGAGUUGGCUGCCGUAGCAAUGCAGGAGGGGUCUAUGGAGCAGCUAUUGGAGAAGCUACUGACUCCUGAUGGUGAGGCGGCGGCGGAGGAAAUGAGCAGACAGGCGUUGAAGACGGCGACGGCUCUGCUGCCUGCGGUUAAGUUGAACGCUCCGAAGGCUGGACAGAAGAAAAUUGACGUCUAUAAGAUUCUGCGACUAUCGGGAGAGUCCUCUCGUUCUACCACAGCUAAGGGUAGUUCAGCUGAAUAUAGAGGCCGCAACGUCCCUCGGGACCUGCUUGUGAAGCUCAUCAGAGGAGCAGUGGGUUCGGCAUCUGCUGACCAGCAGAACUCGAUGCAGCUGUUGGUGUCUGCGAGUAUCUAUGCAAGACAGCGUGGAUGGGACUUGACGGCUACUCAUCCGGAGUUGAUCGAUAGAGCCUUCUCGUAUUUGGCGGACGUUAUGGACCAACAAUGCAGCGCCUCGAGGUACUCGCCAUCGCUACUCUUAGCAUGUCUUCAUACUAUAUUGACGCUAACCCCCAAGGGAAAGGGAGUUCUGAUGACCCAGGAUCUGGCCCAGCGGCAUGGGAUUAUUAAAUUGUUGCGAGAGAUAGAGGGGUGGAAGGGGCCGGCUGAGGUCUCGGCUGCUGAGAGUGGUACCCUGGAGGUUGGCAGCCAGGGAGGCGCUCCCCCUCCUGCACGGUCGUCUAGUAUUCUAGGCAGCUUGAGACGGUCAUCACGGCGUGACUCGUUGAGUCCAGCAGUGGAAGCUUCGGCCGAUGCUCAAAGCACGUCUGGUCAGGAGACGACUCUGGGUUGGCUGCCCUUGUUGCAGGCUGAAGCGGGUCAAGCACUGCGGGUGCUGAAUCGAGAGAAAGGCUCGAGUGGUGUGGGGAGUAGACAGCUGCUUACGCGAUCGGGGGAGAUGAACCUGGAAGUCUUCACGGCUUUUGCGGGAUCGCCAUCUCUGCCGACGCCCUAUGAGCUACUUCAAUCCGGCAUGUUGGAGAAGAUGUGUGAUUUCGUGGCGCGCGGUCAUGAUGCGGAUGCGGUCGGAAAGGUCCUAUCAGCCAACCCUGAGUUCUAUGAGCACAUUGUAAAGUGUUUGGUGUCAGCCAUUGACCGGCAUCGUCUGUUGGGCCUUGCUUUGAAUCCUGUUCCCGAUGGGGGUAUAGCUCUGCCUUCGACGAUGGGCUCUAAACAGCGGGGGAGUAUUGGUAACUUGGGCUUGCAGCUCAUUGGAAAGCCGAUUAGACUGAAGUUGGAGGGGCGGAAGAAGGAAGGGGACGGUGCCGAGAAGAAGGACUCCUGCCAGUCAUCAUCAUCGUCAAGUAUGGCUGCUGAUAGCAUGGGGACGAGGCUGAGGCGUGCUCUGUCGUUCCGUAGCAGGGAGGGGUUGGAGAACUCUCCACGAGGGGGGCUUGGCGGCAAUGACAUGGCGUCGUUGAUGCCACCGAGUUUGAUGGUUACGGUAGAGCCGCUUGCGACUGUUGGUGCGGUCUGCGGUUAUAUCCUGCAACGGGUGAAGGUCUUUCGUCGCUGUAUGGGGCCUGGAGAAGGUGGCUGCUCGAGGGAGUUCAUAGAGGAGUUGUUGCUUGGCGAGGAUGAUGAUGAGGAUGAGGAUGAGGAGGCGUUCCUGAUGGGUCUACAUGGUGAUGAUAUGGAGAUGGAUGAGGAGGACUAUGACGAUGAAGAUAUGAUGCUAGAUGAGGAGGAUGAAUGCCAUCAGGCAGGGGAGGAGUCUGAGGGGGAGCACGAGGACGAUGAUAUGAUAGCGAGAGGGAGUCGGGAGGCAGAUGAGGAGGCAUUCAAACGUAUGAUGGCGGAGGCUUGUAGAGGCCGGGGUCGGUCGAGAAGAGGUGAUCGGAGAGCAGCAAAGCCAGAGUCGGCUCCUGCUAAGGCGCCGCCGCCGCCGGAGCCAACUGGAGUAGUACUCUAUCUCGAUGGCCAUCCCAUUCCCAACCAUGUGACAGUGGUCCAAGCGGUGUGGCUGGCAGCCUCUCGGGCUGCGGUAGCCUCUGGGGUCCCUUCUGACGAGUCGAUGGGUGUCACGUCUCGACCGCCAGCGCGGCUAGUGCGAAGCGCGAGGCCUCCAUCUGAGAAGCCGUCGAGAUUCGUGAUAGCUGCUGAUGACACCGAUGAGCGUGUUGCUGAGGAGGAGAUGGAUGAGGCUAAUGGGAAAUCGACAGAUGGGGCUAAGGCUAGCAUUAGUUCGGUGAUUUCUACCAUUUGGGGUACUGCGCACAGUCUUGAUUUUGAGCUUACGUUUGCGAAGGGAGAUGAGGAAGCAACGAAGUCGAAUCGUGCGCCUUCUCCUGGCGUGAUGAGCCCCCAUGAGCCGAGGGCUGUGGUAUGCGAUCGCCCAUUGGCCGUCGAGGAGCGUGUGAAGGCUGCUGCGGAGGCUGUGGAGGGUCACUUUGGGCAGUUGGAGGGGCAGAAUUGGGACGGCCUUGAUCGCCUUGUUGAGUUGCUGGUGUCGUUGGCGAAGCUUCGGCCGAAGGAUUCCCCUGUACGUUGGUCCACCUUCGCCUGUGGAGCCCUGUCUAAGCGGCAACUAGCAGUAGCGAGUUCGCCACUUAGUCUGAUCACUAACAUACCAGCAGAUUUCAAGGUCUUGAUGGGUGGGAAGAAGGAUGAUGAUGAUGAUGCCUCUGUCCGUCACACUAGGCUGGUGUCAGUAGCACCGGUGCUGUUCGAUACCGAGACACGACGACGAGUGAUGGCCUCCUCAUGCUUUGGCCUCCAUCGGGCCUUGCAGGGCAUCAGUGAGCAAGCUGCAACAGAUGCCCCCAACUCCUCACCAUCGGCACAGCAGAUGACCGCUCUGCCACGACAGAAGGUUCGCAUCCGUCGAGAAAAGCUGCUCGAGUCGGCUGUUCUUGUCAUGAACGUAUUCGGUGCGGGCAAGGAAAAGGCGUCGGCAGCUCUUGAAGUGGAAUUUUUGGGAGAAGUGGGAACUGGCUCGGGCCCAACGAACGAGUUUUAUGCAUGCGUGGCCGAGGAGCUGAAGAAGGUGCCCUCUUUCUCUCGGGAAUCGGAGUCGAGGCUCUUCCCCAUGCCAGUGUCGGAGGAAGAUGGUUGCAACGCUGAGGCCUAUCGCAAAGUGUUGGCAUCUGCAGCGGAGCAACGAGAAAAUCCACCCAAGACCACGCCUGAACGGAAUGGUCAAUCGCCGUCUCACCGAGGGAGGAGCAAUAGUGAGCGUAAGUGCUUGGGUGCUGUGUCUGACAUAUCGGAGGAUGUUGGCGACGUGACGGCCAAUAUUGGCAUUGCUAGUCCGACUCCGUCCCCUUCCCUCAAGGACGGCGGCGAGGAUGCCAAGGAGGGAUCGUCGAAUAGCAAGGGGAUGACAGUCGAGUCGAAGGCAAAGAGUAUCCCAUCGGUCCUGGAGGCGUGGCGGCUUGCGGGUCAUAUUGUCGCUAGGUGCAUACUGGACAGUAGACUAGUGGACUUGGACAUCCAUCCGGUUAUGUGGGAGCUCGUUAAGGAGAUCCUCGCUUCUGAAGAGGCGAGGGAGGUGGAAGUGCCAUGCGUAUACUACCUUUCUCUGGUCGACCCUGCCCUGCAUCGAACGCUCCUGUCGCUGACGAGGAUGUCGCCUGGGGAGCUGCGUAGCCUGGAAAUCAGUGCUACCAAGGUACCUGGAUAUGAGAAUAUCACCCUGCCGGGGUUGCGUGGUAAUGUGAGCUCUAAGAAUGUGGACAAGUUCGUGGAGGGAGUGGCGACUGCUGUUACGUACAGUGGAGUGUACUGGCAACUCCGGGCCUUCGCUGACGCUUUCGCCGAGAUAUUGUCCCCGGCGGCACUCUCGUUGUGGAGGUCUGAGGAUGAGCUCACGGAAUUGACCUACGGCUCAUCAGCGGCCAGGCCAGAAUAUUGGACCAAGGAGCAUCUACUCAGUUCUAUACAGCCUAAGCAUGGGUAUACGUCAACCUCGCCUGCUGUGCAGUAUCUGGUAGAUGUGAUGGCGACCGAUUUGACGCCAGAACAACGCCAGCAACUUGUGCGAUUCCUAACAGGAUCGCCAACUUUGCCGAUUGGAGGCUUUGCUGCUCUGAAGCCUCAACUCACUGUUGUUAGACAAGUCUUGGAUGACGAGAGCGCCAAUCCGGAUGACUUCCUCCCGAGUGUCAUGACCUGCGCGAGUUUCAUGAAGUUGCCGGACUAUUCUUCUAAGGAGGUACUGAAGCGCCAGCUGGUAAAGGCGAUAUCAGAAGGUCAGAAGGCGUUCCUAAUGUCAUGA